CACUGACCAGAACACAAAGGGAGAAAAAAAAAAGUAAUUAGUAGAAGAAAGUGAAACCCAAUAAUGAUGCCACCCAAUUUGUUUACAAGGAAAGUUGGCGCACUAAAGUUCACCUAUCACUCUCAAUCCCCAAUUAACCCCAAUUAUAUUGAAUUCUGAUCCCCAUAAUUAAAUUUAAAUCCAAGCAAGCAAACUUCACGCAACAGCAACACUUAGAAAAUUGCGACCAUACCAUGCACAAAUAAUUCGUUGCAACUUAAUUCUCAGCAAUUGAUACGCGGCCCACCAAUAGAUGCGGUAUUCUUUUACACGUGCCUCGUAUCAGUUGGUUCAUCAAGGAUGUAACCACCGUUUAGAAGAGGAAAGUGAUUGGGUCCAAUAAAAGGUUGAGCAGUGGGCCGAGUGCUCUGCCAAUGGAUAGGAUAUAACAAACGAUGUCGUUUGGGUCAUAGGAAGAAUUGCAGUGACAAGAAAAGAAUUGUAUGCCCGCCUUGUGCGGUGCAGCCACAUAGGCGUCUCAGUGAAAUACUGAACACGUGGCGUACUUGGAUUGCCAAAUAUUGGCGGGUGUACGACGGCAAAAAUGCCUUCCACUUUCCCUUCCAAGAAACACCCCAGGAACCUAAAAAACGAAUAAAAAGGGGAUAAGCACAAAUUAAAAAAGCUGGCACAUGCAAGCAGAUUCAGAAUCAGACGAGAGCAACGGAGACGAUUCCAUUUUGGUAAUUUCAGGUUGGUAAUUAAAAACCCCUCAGACAUUCCCAGAUUCAGAGGCGUUAAUUUUAAAAUCCCUUCUUCCCAGUUUCUCUAAUUUUGCGGCAAUUCCACGCAUACCUAUGCUUCAUUCCUAACCGAGAGCGCCCAUUUUUCCAUUUCCAUAAAUAGCCCCCUAAAGCCUAUUUGGUAAAGCAACAAGCUCAGCCAAAGCAGCAGUGGUAAUUUUUAAAAGAGUGAGAAAGUGUGAGAGAGAAAGCCAUGGCGGUUUCUGACGCCGUUGUUGCCAACUUGACGACGAUCUACGUGGCAGUCAUCGCAGGGAUCAAGGUUUAUGGGCUUGUUUUGGGCCGGAGCUUCGGCGGCGGAUUUGUGCUGAUCGUGUCCACCAUCUUGGUGGGACUCAUCCUUAUUGCAACGCUUACGUGGGACGUCUCACGUAAAGCCACGUAUGCUGUCUCUCGCGAUCAUCGUCGUGUCCAUGUCCACGAGAUGUGCAAGGGAGGUAUUUGUUGGCACGGCGUAGCCGUCCGGUCGCCGGCUUCUCAGGUCCGGUUUAGACUGCCACAGCAACUUCCUUAUGGAGCCAUGUGAAAAAGCUGUGGAUAAUAUUAUAUAUUUAUAUAUUAUAUAAUUUCAAAAAUAAGGAAAAAAAAAAAAAAAAACUUUAGUUUAAAUUUAACACUGUGAGAUACCCAUAUCCGUAUUGGAAUCUGUUUUCUGGGUUGGUGGCUUUUGUAGGGUUGGGAUAGGCUGAGUUUGGCUUUACUUGUUGAAGGGCGCACUCACGAGGUGUUUGUUUUUUGAGCUCUGAGGGAUAUCCGUGUAUAAAAAAUACAUCAAUAAACAAAUGUACAUAAGCUGGCUUUUUCUUGUAA